GUAACAGUCAGUCUCUUACUUUGGUGACUGUCAUUGCAGUUCUUGACGAAUACUCAUUUUUCAUUGUUCCUAAUAGUAUUGAUAAAGAAUAUAUAUAUUAGAAAUAUGGCAUUUAUCGGAAAAAAAUACAAGCUGUAUAGUACCGAGAAAUUUGACGAGUACAUGAAGGCUCUGGGUGUUGGGUUGGUCACAAGAAAAAUGGGUGCCAGUGUUAAUCCCGUUAUUGAAUUGACCGAGAGCGACGAUGUUUAUACACUCAAGACGAGCAGCACCUUCAAGAACUCUGAGAUCAAAUUCAAACUUGGCGAGGAGUUCGACGAGGAGACUCCGGAUGGUCGUAAAGUGAAGAGCGUUAUCACUUUGGAUGGUAACAAAAUGACGCAGAUUCAGAAAGGCGACAAGGAAACUAUUAUCGAGAGAGAGUUUACUCCCACGGAAGUAAAGGCUGUCAUGAAGGUGGACGAUAUUGUGUGCACGAGGGUCUACAAAGUUCAAGCAUAAGAUGAGACUGAUUCAAACUUCCAAGGACGUCGGUACAGGACCUCUGGAGUAUUUAUCCCAAGGAUGGAUUUGAGUUCGUUAAUUAUUUUUCGCGACUUUUUUUUCCUGAUGGUUUCGUUAGAAAUAUAUAAUUUUGGGACUGUAUUAAGGGGCGUUGCUCUAGGAAGAAAAGAUAUAUAUAUGAAUUGCAUAAUAACUAUGCAACGCUGUACGUGUUUAAAUUUGUAUAUGUUGAUCUGUAAUGCUUCCUAACUACCCUCAUUCUUGUAUCGAGUCUCUAUGGAGGAAUUUCCUUUAAAAAGAAAAGGAAUAAUCAAGUAACUGUCAGCUCGGCAGAUUUUCGAUAAAUAAAGUUUAUUAUUUAAAUAGGCA